UUGUACCGCUGAGGCUGCACGGUAAUAAGGGCGGGGGGUCCCGCUCGGCGCCGUAGGAUGUUCCUAGCAGCUCUGCAGGGCUAGUGGGAGCGCAGCAGUCCCCUCAGGCAGCUGGAGAAGCCGCCGCCGCAGCCCCUUCUCGUGGGAGGGAGCUGUCGCCUAUCCUCUCGCCCCGGCUGCCUGCGGCUGAGGGAGCCUGCGGGGAUGACGCUGAGUGAGAAGCUGGAGACGCAGGGAGUUGCGGACGCUCCCGUCGCGUCUGUUACCCUCUUGCCCUGGCCGGCGCUGCGGGAGCAGCAGGGCGCCCAGGCGGCGGCCGGGGAGCCGAGGCAAGAGAACCGAGAGGGGUGUCUAGGCGGCCAGUCAGCUCUGCUGAUGGCGGGUGCCCCGGAGGACCAGCACGCGGCCGAGCCCCCCGAGGGCGGCUGGGGCUGGGUGGUGAUGCUGGCCGCCAUGUGGUGCAACGGUGCGGUGUUCGGCAUCCAGAACUCGUGCGGGGUCCUCUUCGUCUCCAUGCUGAGCGAGUUCGGCUCGCAGGACGACAAGCAGAUGGUGUUCAAAACAGCCUGGGUGAGUUCCCUGUCCAUGGGAAUGAUUUUCUUCUGCUCUCCUGUAGUCAGUGUAUUCACAGACAUAUUUGGUUGUCGAAUAAUAGCCAUUGUUGGAGCUGCAGUGGGGUUUGUUGGACUUCUUUUAAGCUCUUUUGUAAGCACCAUUGAACCUCUGUAUUUCACCUAUGGAAUCUUAUUUGCCUGUGGUUGUUCAUUUGCGUAUCAGCCAUCCUUGGUCAUUCUGGGGCAAUAUUUCAAGAAGCGCCUUGGACUAGUGAAUGGCAUCGUCACUGCCGGAAGCAGCUUGUUCACUGUGUCACUGCCUUUCCUUUUAAGAGUGUUGAUUGAUUCAGUUGGCCUGUACAACACUUUAAGGGUCCUGUGCAUCCUUAUAUUUGUUCUUUUCCUGGCUGGCUUCACUUACAAACCCCUCAUUUCCAGUGCAAAUGACAAAGAGGGUGGAAAGAAGGGCAUGUUGAGAUUUCCUCCGGCAAAGAAGAUUUUCAGUUUCUCCAUUUUCAAGGUUAUGGGUUAUCGAAUCUGGGCUUUUGGAAUCCCUGCUGCACUUUUUGGAUACUUUGUGCCUUAUGUUCACUUGAUGAAACAUGUAAAAGAGAGGCUUGGUGAAAAUGUACAAGAAGAGGUGCUUCUGCUGUGUCUUGGUAUCACUUCAGGAGUCGGCCGAUUGAUCUUCGGCAGAGUUGCAGACUAUAUUCCUGGUGCAAAAAAAGUUUAUUUACAGGUGAUAUCAUUCUUCUUAAUUGGCCUGAUGUCCAUGAUGAUUCCACUGUGCAAUUCCUUGGGAGGUCUCAUUGCUGUCUGCCUCUUCAUGGGUCUGUUUGAUGGCUGCUUUAUUUGUAUCAUGGCUCCCAUUGCCUUUGAGCUAGUUGGUGCACAGGAUGUCUCCCAGGCCAUAGGAUUCCUGUUAGGACUCAUGUCAAUACCUAUGAUAGUUGGUCCACCCAUUGCAGGUAUACUGCGUGACUACCUAGGUACCUAUGAUGUAGCAUUUUACCUGGCUGGAGUUCCCCCCAUAAUUGGAGGAAUUAUAUUAUCUUUCAUCCCAUGGGUUCACGAAAAGAAGAAGCCAAAAGAGAAAAAAAAAGCUGUUGAUGAAGAAACAACUAAGAAAAUGCUGGAAAAUGAAAGCACUUCAGCCUCAGGCACAGCAGAAAAGCCCAGAUUUGACUCUUCAAAAAACGACGACGACAUCUUUAAGGGAUACAUUUUAAGUGUGCAAUAAUUGUUCAUACCAAUAAAUGGAAAUAUAUUAUACCUAAGAGCUAUUAAAGCAACAUUAAACAAAUUGGGAAGAGAUUUUGCACUGAGUGAAUAUGCAGCUUUAUUAUGGGCCUUUAAAAUUUUGCACAUGAUACAACUCCAUCUUUUCAAGAAAUUGUAGAGAAAUUCUUUGCAUGCAUGAUUACUUAUCCUUAACAUAUCUUUUAUUACUUGUGUACUCCUAGGUAUUAUAUAUAGUUUGUCAAACCCAUACUUCUGGAACACCUAUUUUUCUGAAAGUGUUUUGUUUUUUUUUAAAUCUAAACGAAACAGAGUGCUUUUCGUUUUAUCAUGAUUACGUUUGCAAAUACAUUCUCUGUUUGGAUUUGCAUUGACAAUGCAAUGAAACACUUAAAUAGAUAUGCAUUACCCAGGCACACUCAUCACCAUCUAUUUUAGUUUUCUUGUGUUAGGUGUGCCUUAACAAACAAGCUAUUAAGUGUUACCUGUUGAAAAUGUUACAAAAAAAUUCAAUUGAAAGUAAUUACAUAAGCAUCCUAAUUAUUAAGAGCCAGAUUUUGUAACCCUUAUUCACAAUCGCUUAGUAUUAUUGAUUCAUUUCAGUUUCUACUCAACAUGAGCAAGGCUGUCAGAAUCUGGCAUUAAAAUGGGAAAUGGUAAAGUGAUAUUUAUACCCCCUGGGAAAGAUUUUCAGGAAUGCCUAAGAAAUUUAAGACUCUAAAUGGGACUUGGGCUCCUAAAUCUCUCACGUACUUCUGAAAAUCUCCUUUCAUUGUAAGUAAUGUUGCUAGUUCAAAUUCCCAUGAUUCUUUCAUUACAGAAAUUACAUUAGCAAUCACAUUAUUCUUGUUCUUGUGCUUCCGUCCAGGCAAUAUUGUUCAAUAUUGCAUGUUAUAGUUACAAUACACACUGAUAAUGCAUAGAAACCUAUGUGGAAACCAUUGUAUUCAUUUCAGUUGACUUUGAAAUGAAAAAGUAAUAUUUAUCACAGUGCUGACAGUUUCAGAAAUUGACACACAAGUGGGGUAAUGGUAAAUAAUACUAAAGAGUGAUCCAAAUCACUCUGCAAAGUGGGUUCAUUUGAAAAACAUGUUUUAAUACAAGCAAACGCAAGGUCAUACAUCUAGGAACAAAGAAUGUGUGUCACUAUUACAGGAUGAGAUGAUUGCAUUUUGGAAAGUAAUUACUCUGAAAAGGACUUGUGAUGAACUGAAUGUGAGAAGUGGUGAUUAAGAGCUAAAAUAGUCAUGGAAUGUAUAAAUGGGAAUAUUGAGUAAAAAUAGGAGGUGACAUUAGUUAUAUGGAUACCAUUAGAUUGCUCGUUGGAAUACUGUAUCCGAUUCCGGUGCUCACAUUUAAAAAAGAAUGUUGAAAAAUGGGAAAAGCUACUUAGACAGGCAUAGAAUCAAUUUCUUUUGAAAGCUUAUCCUAUCUCUGGCAAGAUAAACAAUAGCAAUCUUCUCCUUUUCUCGUGUAUUCACUGUUGUACAUGAUCUGGGCAUACAGAUUUUGAAAUUCCCAACCGAGAUUCUGGAUAUUAGACAGCCGAGGCACUCAGUACUUGAAUGUUGUAGCUUUGGCUUAUAGAAAUCGGUUUGGUCAUUAGGCACUCAAAUACUAUGGUAUAAGAAUCUAAUUGUAAUAGAUGUAUGGCUUUGGUUCCAGAAUCAAGCACAGGAUGUAUGCAAUGGAAGGUAGAGAACAUUUUCAAAAGCAAAUUUUUGUCUGAACACCCAGUAGUUGAGGAAAUUUAACUUAGAUCCUUAUUUUUUAAUAAUGACAUAAGUAUAGCACUAUUAUAAUUCCACAUAGUGUUUUUAUUAGAUAAACUUGGCUGACAUUUUCAAUAUACCUUUUAUUCUUUUAUAUGAAAGGCGUCAAAACAUUUUUAAGAAUUUCAGAAUUGUGCAUAAUAACCUUAGGGUAUGUCUACACUACCCGCUGGAUCAGCUGGUAGUGAUUGAUCUAUUGGGGGUCACAGAACAUCAGGGUU